AUGGGGGAGUGGGUGAAUCAGAAAAAGGCUUGGUGUUUCAAAUGGAGAAGGGCCCUGAGCUUUCGGGAACAAGUGAUCUGGGAAGAGAUGUGCAGGGCCAUUGAACAUGUGUCUUUGGUGGAAGGAAAUGAAGACUCCUGGAAAUGGAAAACAGAGACAGGGGGUUGCUAUUCUGUUAAAUCGGCAUAUAAACUUCUACAGGGACCUUCUUUGGGGAAUGCAGACCCAAUUUUCCAUCUCAUCUGGAACUCCAAGGAACCCUCAAAUAUUUGUGCCUUCAUUUGGAAAACUGUUCUUCAUCGACUUCCAACACUCGAUAAUCUGCUGCAUAGAGGGAUUAUUACCUCUGUACAUGAAGCUUGCUGCCCCCUCUGUUCCCAAUGUUUAGAAUCAGCGAACCAUCUCCUACUUGAGUGCUCAAUUUCGGCCACAACCUGGUCGAAGCUGUACCGCUGGCUGGGCAUUUUUACAGAACUCCCAAACAAUUGCAGAGCACAUGUUUCUCAGCACAAUUUCAGUGGCUUUAGUGCAAAUCAGAACGGGGUACUUCGAAUGGUGUGGUAUGCGGUUGCCUGGGCCUUAUGGAUAAACCGCAAUCAGACCAUUUUCAGAGGAGGUAAUUUGACAGCAGAAGCAAUUCUGGAAGGGGCGUUAUUGGGAGCUUGGCAUUGGAUGUUGGCAAGGGAGGAAGAGUAA